AUGGCACAAGCACUUGCAAGUGAAAUUGUCAAGAAGUUGGGUUCCGCCCUUCUCCAAGAGAUGGGACUUGUGUGGGGGAUGAAGGAUGAACUUGUCAAACUCAGAAACACGGUUUCCACAAUCGGAGCUGUUCUUGCUGAUGCAGAGAAGCAGCAAGACACUAACAAAGAGGUUGCAGACUGGCUGGAAAAGCUCAAUGAUGCAUUUCAUGAUGCUGAUGACGUGCUCGAUGACUUCUCCACCCAAGUUCUCCGACACCAGGUUACGACACAGAACAAAAGACUAAAGAAGGUGCGCAAUUUCUUCUCAAGCUCAAAUCAGCUUAUUUUCAGUAGUAAGUUGGCUCAUGAGAUUAAGGCUGUUAGGGACACACUAGAUGCAAUUGCCGAAGAUAGGAAAAAGUUUCACCUCACUGAACGGCAGAUGCGAGUUGAGAACAUUAAGAGAGAGGAGACUUACUCUUUUGUUCGUGCAGAAAGUGUUAUUGGAAGGGACGGUGAUAAAAUGGCAAUUGUACAACUUUUAUUGGAAAGCAAUAUUCAAGAUCAGAAUGUGUCACCUGUUGCAAUAGUUGGAAUUGGGGGACUAGGAAAGACCGCACUUGCACAAUUAGUAUAUAAUGAUGAGAGGGUCACUAAACAUUUUGAAAUUAAGAUGUGGGUGUGUGUUUCUAACAUCUUUGAUGCGAAGGUCAUUGUAGAAAAGAUGAUAGAGGACAAAACACCUGAAAACCUUUUGAUGGAUAAAAUGCAAGAAAAAAUUAGUGAAAAGAAAUUUUUACUUGUGUUGGAUGAUGUUUGGAAUGAGAAUCGUGACAUAUGGUUACAAAUGAUAGAUCUGUUGGUGGGUGGUAUGAGAGGAAGUAAGAUUUUAGUAACUACUCGUUCUGAGUUGGUUGCAAAUGUUAUAGGAUCAAAUUCACCAUAUAUUUUAAAAGGCCUGUCUAAGGAGGAGUCCUGGUCUUUAUUUGAAAAAAUGGCAUUCAAACAAGGAAAAGAGUCGGAGAAUAUAUUUCAAGUAGAAAUCGGCAAGGAAAUUGUUCGGAAGUGUAAAGGAGUCCCUCUUGCCAUAAGGGCUCUAGGAAGCCUACUAUACACUAAAGAUACAAUGGAUGAGUGGUUGGUUUUUAAAAACAAUGAUUUGUCAAAAAUAGCCGAAGAGGAAGAUGUUAUUUUUCCAAUACUGAAGUUCAGUUAUGAUUAUCUUCCUUCGCAUCUGAAGAGAUGUUUUGCAUUCUGUUCCUUAUAUUUAAAAGAUCAAAUUAUUGAUAAGCAAGAAUUAAUCCAAUUGUGGAUUUCAGAGGGAUUCAUUCAGGGACCGGUGUCUGAAAAUCAGCAGUUGGAGGAUGUUGGUGACUUGUAUUUUAUGGAUUUACUUAGGAGGUCCCUUUUUCAAGAUAUCCAAAGAGAUGAAUGGGGUGAUGUAAUAAGUUGCAAAAUGCAUGAUCUUGUUCACGAUCUUGCGCAAUUGGUUGCGAAGGCCAAAUUUUUCAUGGUGAAUUUGGACGUAGAAAAUGUCGUGAAUUUGAAUGUAGAAAAUGUUGAUGCAAGAAUUCGUCACAUGUCACUUUAUUCCGAUGUAAAUUCGACCCACUUGGAUAGAGCUAACAAGUUACGGACAUUUUUUUCCAAUGCUAAAUAUGUUCAAAUGUUGGGUAAGUUGACUUUUGAAAGGUUCUUUCAAGUUUUAAAAGGUUACGUGUAUUGGAUUUACAUUCGGUGGAGGUGGGGAUGGGGAAGAUGCCUUAUAUAG